AUGACGAACCAGAUCCUCCUCAUCCGCAAGGAGAAGGCGAAGAUGGACAAGAAAGCGGCCAAGGAGCAGAAGAAGGCCGACGCCAAGGCCGCCAAGGAGGCGAAGAAGGUCGCCAAGGCCGAGAAGGCCGCGGCGAAGAAGGAGGCCAAGGCCGCGAAGAAGCACGAGAAAGAAGUCAAAAAGAUGGGCCACAGCGGCGUCCGCGAGCGCAAGGCGACGGUCGUGCCCGUCUACAGCAUCGAGCACACCGGCGGCGCCUUCGAGGACCGGAAGAACCACGAGGCGGAGGCGGCGCGGCCGGGCACGGCCGAGGAGCCCGCGGACCUGACGGCCCCGGGGGGGUCCAGCGCGCCGGGCACGCCGGCGACGCCGGGCGUCGAGGCGAAGCGGCGGACGCCCAAGGGUCGAAGCUGGGAGGAGGGCGGCCACCUCGCCGCGGCCGCGGCGAACCGCGGCGGCACGCCCGAGGAGCAGCGCGCGACGAGUGCGGAGGCGCCCGUGAAGCGGAGCUUCUUCUUCGGGCGCCGCGCGAAGACGCCCGCGGCGCCGCCGGGCGUCACCGUCGAGGAGGCGUCCCAAAAGAUCAUGGGCCACAAGCCGGGCCAGGACAUCCGCGCGGACUGGAAGGCCGAGGACAAGGACAAGAAGCCGGGCAUGCUGCGGCGCCUCUGGCUCUGGGUCUACGACUACGCGAAGCGCACGUACCAGAAGCGCGUCGUCGGCAUCGACGUCUACGAGGGCAUCGACUACAGCAUGUACGAGCCCCACAUGAAGGACUUCUUCUACCUGGGGUUGAAGAAGCGCGACGUCGUGCGCCUGUUGAACGUCUUCCUCGAGGUCGACAUGGACCGGAGCGGCCUCGUGGACGACCUCGAGUUCCUCACGUUCAUCGACGUCGAGCGGACGCCGUUCGCGCGCAAGGUCUUCGACAUCUUCGACAACGACGCCUCCAACGAGAUCGACUUCGUCGAGUUCGUCAGCGCCAUCUGGAACUUCUGCAGCCAGGACCAGAACGACGUCAUGGCGUUCGCGUUCGAGUGCUUCGGCGAGUACAACAAGCCGACGCGGUCCCACGUCAUGCGCGACCCGACGUUCCUCAUGGACUCCAUCUUCGACCGGGAGACGCGCGAGCGCAAGGAGCGGCAGAAGUUCUUCGACGAGCUCAUCUACCGCAACGGCCACGUGACCUUCGAGGACUGGAUGAAGUGGUGCACGCACAACCGCCGGUCCGUGCGGCCGCUCGUGCAGAUCCAGUACCUCAUGCGCAAGGCCUGCCUCGGGUCGCGCUUCUGGAAGCGCCAGACGCGCAACCGCAAGCGCAUCUUCGGCAAGAUGCCCUUCCACGAGAUCGAGAAGACGAUCAACUCGCAGCGGCGGCGCAUGCCCAAGCGGGCGAAGCGCAAGCCCGUCGUCGUGCCCAAGUCCGAGCCCGUGCUCGUCUGGGAGGAGCCCGCGGAGGUGCCCGUCGCCUGGGACGACCCGGGCCCGAAGCCGCGACGCAAGGUCAAGAAGAAGAAGUACCGCACGGUCAUGGCCCACGGCUACGAGCAGUCCAUCCUCUGCGACGACGACGGCGACGCGCCGUCGCGGCCCGACCCGCCGUCGCUCGACGCGCCCAUCGUCAUCAAGCAGAAGGCCCUCAUCACGGAGAAGCGCACGCGCCAGGAGGCCAUCGCCGUGCUCCAGUCGCUGCGCAACAAGCACCACCGCCUCGCGGAGGAGCGGAAGCACAAGCGGCGCAAGGCGCGCGACGACACCAAGGGCAUGGACGCGGCCUGGGAGCAGUCCCACGCGGGCAUCCCGGACCUCAUGGCCAAGCAGCACGGCGCCCAGGCGUUCCUCGCCGUCUCCCGCGCGACCCCGCGCAUGAACGCGUCCGCGGCGCGCAAGGUCGCGCGCGGCAUCAAGGACGGCGGCCCGUCGAACGAGCGCUUCCCCAUCGCCAAGUACCCGUGCGUCUACGAGCCGAGCCACCUCGAGCGGAGCAUCGGCAUCUACACGCUGAGCGGCAUGAUCCCGACGGGCUCCGAGGCGCCGCGGCUCCUGCCCGAGCCCGAGGGCGACGAGGAGCCGCGGCCGCGGACGCCCGGGGAGGACCGGCUCGUGCGCGUGCGCACGCCCGACGAGGCCGGCGGCCGGCCGAAGACGCCGAAGACGCCCGAGGAGGAGGAGCGGGAGCGGAAGCGGCGCGAGCUCGUCGCGGGCGUCGACUACUGGACGCGGCCCGCGACGCCCGAGAGCCGCCCGGCCACGCCGUCGUCGCGGCCGGGGACGCCCCAGGCCUACGGCCCGGCCUACGAGGCGCCCAAGGGCGAGAUGGCCAAGUCCAUGGGCCGCUCGGACGCGCGGCCGCGGACGCCCGACGGCGCGGGCGCGGUGCGGCUCCGGCCCGCGACGCCCGACUCGGACACGAAACCGUCGCCGAACGCCAAGCCCAAGGGCCGCUUCUUCCGGGGCUCCAUCUUCGGCAACAAGCGCGAGGAGACGAAGCAGCGCGGCGUCUUCGACUCGCCCGCGGACGAGGUCGAGAGCCGCGACCGCGGCCGCGCGGCCGCGGGCAAGCGGGGCUUCUCCUUCGUGCGGCCGAAGAAGCGGCCCAAGACGCCCGACGUGGUCGAGGAGUCCAUCUACGACGACCAGGUCUGGAACGCCGCGGACGACGCGCCCGACGUCGUCGCCGAGAAGCCGCGGUCGCGGACGGGCUUCCGGCGCGCGAAGAAGGAGAAGAUCGCCGCAAAGACGCCGCCGUCGUCGCCGCCGGGCAGCCCGCCGGGCAGCCCCGCGAAGGCGGGGCGAUAG